AUGGCUGCAUCAGCUGUGUCUGCCAAGUUCGUCACCCCUGCCCAGGCUGUGUCCAAGGGCUUUGGCGACUUUGAUGGCUUGAAGAGCACCAAUGUGGCCUCUUUUGGAAAGAAGUCCGAGGACUUCGUUGCUCGUGUCGGCGCUCAGACUGCUGCGGCUCCCGCUUCUGCCACCCGCGCAGUUGCUGAGGCCAAGAUCAAGGUGGCCAUCAAUGGGUUUGGACGCAUUGGCCGCAACUUCGUCCGCUGCUGGCACGGCAGGGAAGACUCUCCUCUCGAGAUUGUUGCCAUCAACGACUCUGGCGGAGUGAAGCAGGCCUCCCACUUGCUGAAGGAGCUGGGCGUUGACCUCGUCAUCGAGGGUACCGGUGUUUUCAUCGAUAACGAGGGUGCUGGCAAGCACAUCAAGGCAGGUGCCAAGAAGGUGCUCAUCACUGCUCCUGGCAAGGGUGCCAUCCCGACGUACGUGAUUGGUGUCAACGCUGACCAGUACACGAACGCCGACACCAUCAUUUCUAACGCGUCCUGCACCACCAACUGCCUUGCUCCCUUCGUCAAAGUCCUCGACGAGAAGUUCGGAAUUGUGAAGGGUACCAUGACGACCACCCACUCGUACACUGGUGACCAACGUCUUCUGGAUGCUUCUCACCGUGACCUUCGUCGUGCUCGUGCGGCGGCGCUUAACAUUGUGCCAACCUCUACUGGUGCUGCGAAGGCUGUCGCCCUCGUACUUCCCAACCUGAAGGGGAAGUUGAACGGUAUCGCUCUCCGCGUGCCCACUCCCAACGUUUCCAUUGUUGACCUUGUCAUCCAAACCGAGAAGAAGACUUUCGCCGAGGAGGUCAACGCAGCCUUCCGUGAGGCCGCCAAUGGCCCACUCAAGGGUGUGCUUGCGGUUUGCGACGAGCCCCUCGUGUCGGUUGACUUCAGGUGCUCAGACGUGUCUUCCACGAUCGACUCAUCCUUGACCAUGGUCAUGGGUGACGAUAUGGUGAAGGUCGUCGCAUGGUACGACAACGAGUGGGGCUAUUCUCAGCGCGUUGUUGACCUCGCUAACCUCGUGGCUGAGAAGUGGGAGUAG